AUGGCCCCCCGCCCCUGGACCCGCGCCGGCCCCCUGCUGGCCGCCGCCGUCCCGUACGCCGCGCUCGCGGCGGCGUACUCGUUCAACAUCAAGAACACCCCGCGUCAGUGCGAGGACCUCGAGCUCGACAUCACCGGCACGGGCUCGCCGCCGUACAGCGCACUUAUCAUUCCCACUGGGCCGACCCCGCUCGCGAACCUAGUCGAGGCACGGAAGAUCACGAACGUGGCGUUCAAUGGGACGAACACGACGGCGACGUUCCAGCUGAAGUUUCCGGAGAACUCGCAGUUCGUGGUCGUGGUCAGCGACAGUACAGGUUUCGGCACUGGCGGAACUAGUGCAAUCGCCACAACAUUAUCCGGCGUAGACGGGUGCUUCGACAACACAACCUCAGUACAACCCGCCUUCCUCUUCCAUACCCAGCCCGACGGUAUCCUCCUCACUUGUUCUGCAUCCCGCAUAUGGUGGCUACCCGGCGAUGUUCAAGGAGAUACGUCAUUUCAGGGCGUCAUCCCCGGCGGCGAAUCUUUCCAGAUCCCUGUGGGGACGUUGACGAACGUAACAGGCACGGGCACUGGGUUUGACUGGACGCCCGCUAUCCGCAGUGGCACCAACUUGCUCCUAGUCGGCGGAGACAGCCGAGGCCUUGGCUCUGCAGGCAGCAAUGCGUACACCUUGCAAUCAGGGAGCAGCGUCUCGUGCGUAAAUAGCACUUCUCCAUCGUCGACACCCGGCUCCCCCGCUGGAGGGAGCUACCCCACCUCGACCGACGGCUCUGGUAUCAAUACCGGGAGCAGCAGCAGCAACUCUAAGACCAACGUCGGCGCCAUCGUCGGUGGCGUGAUCGGAGGCGUCGUCGGCGCCAUCGCCCUCGGGCUCGUGCUCCUCUUCGCCGUCCGGCGACAACGCUUCCACAACAAGGGCACGAAGGAGCGCCCCGUCGACCUCCUCCAAGACCAGGACAACGAGGGCGCCGCCGGCGACGGCCGCCCGCCCGAGUACUACCGCCCCGAGCCGUUCCUCCUCCCCGACCCCACCGUCGCCUCGACGGUGCACGACGAUGCAGGCCGGCCGAGCGCAGACCACCGACAGUCGUAUCUCUCCCAAUCGAGCACGUCGGAGACGGGCGGGGCGGCGGGGGUGCUCCGCCCGCCGCCAUCGACCGCCCCGUCGUCGAAUACACGCAAGAGUGCUGCACCGCCGACGUUCCGCCCGGUGAACAUCAUCCAGCAUGAUGAUGCGGGCCCGUCGGAACCGCCCCCGCCGCCUGCGGAGGAGCCGGAGACGAUCGAGCUCCCGCCGGCGUACACCAAUAUCCGCCGGAAUGAGAUCCCGUCGCCGAAAGAUGAAGAUGAUGAGGCAACGGGCGGUGCUGGGGCGACUGGGGCGACGACGCAGGUGCCCCAGGCUGCAGCAUGA